AUGAUGAACGGUUUCUACAAAAAAAAAAAUUCUACAAAAAAAAAAAAUUCUACACCACUCGGACCGAACUGGCUUCGGGACGAGACUGCGCAGGCGCUGCCAACGGUGCAGGAGGGGGAGAGCUUCAAGUGGUGCGGCUAUGCCUUCUUUCGCCACGGUGACUCGAAACUGUUUUGGACCCAUGUUCUUGACAGGAUCAAGGCCAAGGCCCGCGCCGCUCGAGACCGGACACUUUCGCCGAGUGGGAAGGUUUUCUAUGCCAACGCUCACAUCAUCUCGACGGUCCUCCACGUGCUGUCCUUCGACAUACCGCCUCAAUGGUUCAUUAAGGCGGCGGAGACGGCACUUACGGACUUUGUCUGGGGAGGAGCAGGGCGAAAUACCGUCGCUCGCGAUUUCGUGUUCCAGGCUCGGGAGGACGGUGGCUUGGGUUUGAUUUCGAUUGGCGACAUCGUUCAUUCGGUGGCGCUUCGAUUUUGGGAUGCUGUGGCGGGCUCGGACGAGGCGAUCUGGGCGCCCCUAGCUCGCGAGAGCUGGAGGUCCCUCGUCGCUGCGACCCGCGAUUUCAGUCCGUGGGGGUUCUUCAGCAGCACGGCUCGGGUCGAGAAGCUGUAUCGCGACUCGACGCGCUGGGGGGCAGUCGUUGCAGCGGCCAGGGUCACAGUUCCAACCAUCAAGUCCGAACUCCUUACGCUUCCCGAAUUGCUCUCGCUUCCGCCUCGCCUCCCUUCACUCUAUGCUGAAGGUGCCCAGCACGCAUAUGACGAUGCGGACGCGGUGGCGAAGUUUGCGCAGAUCGCGGACCUGUACUGGAGGGACGAAGGGAAGGGAUGGGCUCUGGUUGGUCAUCGACGCGGGUUCUGGCAGCACUCUAAGGAACCCGCCCUACAGCACGAGCACGUGUGGUCGCGCGUGGGUCAGUUGCUCAAGGCGAAAGCGUUGCUGCCCAAGACCGCGUUGCGACCUGCUCGGAUACCUCUCAAGGAGGCUCCCCGUCCUCGGUGCUUCAACUUCUUUGGGCUCUCCCGACCUUUUACGAUUCGCAAGCUUCGUCGGCUUGUGAACAAGGUGCGGUUCCCAGGGAGGGAGGACCGUGUCAAGCGUUUCCCUGAUGGGACUUCUCAGAGCGAUAGGAAGCGCUUCUGGAGAUGGCUUCAUGACCGGUUCGCGUCUGCUGUCGAGCAGGACACCCACUGGCGGCUCAUGUACGACGUGACGCCGACGCGCAAGAGGCAGCAUACUCAGGGUCAUGCCUCUUCGCCGACGUGUCUGUUCUGUGGCAACGAUGCAGCGGUCAUCGAGACGGUGUCCCACUACUUUUUCGAGUGCGCGUACUCGACCAGCUUCUGGGGUGGGGUGCUACGCAUUCUGCUUGACAAGCUCGGCAUCGAGGAUACCGACGUCGAUCCGUCGACGUUCACUCCGGAGCAGCUGACUAUGGGGCUCCCCCUUUUGCGGGGUCGUGGGAGAACGACCUCGAAAUGGAUGUGGGUUCGGCUGGCCUGCGCGAUCGGUUUCCAGCGGCUGCACCUGCUCCGCUGGCGCGUUCAUCAGCGGUUCGAGCUGGACAACGUCGUGGCCCCUCCCUCGCUUCCCAGUGCGCUCAGAGCGUUCGAGCGAGAUUUUCUCUCUCGAGCGGGUUUUGUGCCUGGGGUUCGAGAUUGGGAGGUGUGAUGACCGAGUUAAGUCCUUCCUUCCCAUUUUCCUCCCCUCCUUUCCUCCCUUCCUUUUCGGUCAGAAGCUGACUGUCUUGAAACUUGUUGCGCAGUGGAAGGCUGCGCACCUCUCCCUCUCUCUACUUUGUGCAGUAGCGGUUUUCGUUCUUGGAUGGAUCGGCAAGCCGGGUCGAUCGUCGUUGCGUUGGAGGCUUUGUGAAGUUCUCCCCUCUCUUUCCCCCCCUUUCUCCCUUCUCUUCCUCAUCUCGUUCCUGUUGCUCGGUUGUUGACUACGCUUCAGCCACUUCUCCUUUUAUUCCUAAGCCGUGUGUUGGAUUCCGUCGAAUAGAUCGUUCGUUCGCGUUGGUCAAGAUCUACGGCAUGGAUCGGGAAGAAAGGUCGCUUGUUUUUUUGGUCAAUAUCCUCGCGUCAAGGCGAGGCUUGUUUCGUUGUAUUGGAUCGUUUUCGCUCGGCCCCGACGGCUCAACAGCCAGCACUCGAGACUCAGCCAAGGGAGGACAUCAGGCGCUGUCGGGGUGACGAGUAG